UUCUGAAUCUCUCCUUCAGAACAGAUUCUUUCUUGUGUUCUUCUGUGUUUUGCAGAUUUAGUGUAAAUCUGUUUUUCUCACCGGAGCCUUGUGGAGCCGUCGUCCUGCAGUAGCGCGGUGCAGCCGGGCCAGGCCGCUGCUGUGCGCCCUGUGUGAUGUUCGAGGACCCGGCGGAGGACCAGACAGAAUAACAACACAGCGGAGGAGCCAUUGAACGAUCCGGAGGAGAAGCAGGCUGCGAUUCUACCCGGAGUCCUGUGUCGCACCACGGGACAGAGAAGCGAAGCCAGCCCGCACCUGUGGGGCUCGUUCUGGGGAGAGGACCCUGAGGUGGAGCGCUGCUGGAGCCGCACUCCCUGCUAGCUACCCGGCUAACGUGCAGCGUUUAGUGCCUGGAUUUGCACAAAAAGCUGGGAUCCGUCGCGCUGGAUUUGUGCGUGGACAUCCGCUUCUCCCCACACCCCUCUGCCCGCAUGUAGGUGAGGUCACGCCGGCCGCUUGGUCUCGCGGAACCGGCCGGUUAGCUCGCUAGCUCGAAGGAAGGAGCGACCCGUCGGCGCAGCUGCGAGCCGGACACAGCCGCGCGUUCGCUCGGCGUGAGCACCAGCGCCAUGCCGCGGCUUGACAGCGGCCUCUCCGCGGAGCUAACCCCGGCGAGCUAACGCUAGCCGGGCACGGCAGGCCGCCUCAGAAGGUCGCUACCACCGCACAGUUCGGCUGAUUAGAUAAAUCACAGCUCAACGCCGGGGACGCACUUUGAGCUUCUCCUCAUUCCCGCGGGUUCAGACAUGUUAGAGGCGGAUACCGCCGGCAAACCGUUCAUUAGCUAGCGGGGGGACAGCGCCGGGGCUGGGGGUUGUUUACAGUGUGCUAGCGUGUUUAUCUCUGCCAGGUGCUGUUAGCAUGCGAGCGAGGAGAAACCCGGGUUAAUUCACCACGCUGAGCUACGUGAUUUAUGAUCAUUGACCACGUGAACACGAAUGAUAUCAGCAUCGAACCCGCGGUGUUGGGGUCGAACCAAAGCAAACGCACGUCUGGUGUGGCGGGUGUGACAUUGUGGAGUUUGGCACAAACCACAUGUGUCCAAAGGUCUUCGUGGUUUUGGUUUCGUCUCACUCCUCCAGCGGAUGAGCUUCCCAGCAGAAGGCUGUUUGUCUCAGCCGUUCAUUCAUGAUUGAUGAUCUGUGAGGAGGCAGACUGUCCUCUAUUCAUCCCCACCACUGCACCAAGCCACCACCAGUCUGUGCUGGUUACCUCUGAACCCCUCAUGUAACCUGGCACAGAAGGACUCGGGGUAUUUGUUUUAGUUUUCGAAUGUGAGUUGUAGCUGCACUUUCUUCUUGUUCUCCCCCGCUGACACCUCACUGGAGCCACCAGAGGCUGGAUGGGAACAUGAGGAGCACGCCGUCUGACCUGGACCGGCUUCCGAGCAGCUUCGAGAUCUGAUCGGAGCACAACAGAGAGCCUGACUGUGUGGACCGAGAACUGAAGAGAGAAUGAGAUGGGGAUAAGAGAGGCCCAGUGACAGCGCUGACCCCCCGCACCAGGAAGCAGAGGAGUGUCACAAGGCUGCGGACAUGAGUCUCCGCCAACCCACCUCCACGCUGGACAGCCCCUUUGCUGCUUGGCUCAGCAGUCUGACCAUCGGGGACUCGGAGCGCAAGUCCUCUGCCACACAGCAGAGGGAGCCAACACCUGACAUCCCGCUUGAGAGCACGGGUCCUGGUCUUGUCCAGAGAUGUGUGGUCGUGCAGAAGGACCAGCUCGGUUUUGGCUUCACAGUGUGUGGAGAGAGAGUCAAGCUCGUGCAGAAUGUCCGACCAGGUGGAGCAGCAGUCAAGGCCGGAGUCCAAGAAGGGGAUCGUAUCAUAAAGGUGAACGGCUCGUUGGUGUCGUCCAUGUCCCAUCAGGAGGUGGUGAAGCUCAUCAAGUCUGGACCGUAUGUAGCUCUGACACUACAAGGACCUCCCCCGUCAGCUGCCUCCUUGCCCUUGGAGCCCCUCCCCACUGACCUCACCCCCAAUCAAAGAACGUCUCUAGGCGGGGAGGCUCCACCCCCUCCGCCUCCGCCCCUGCCCUCUGGACUGAGCAGCAACUCUUCCCAAAGAAUCACUGGACCCAAACCACUACAGGACCCAGAAGUACAAAAACACGCCACUCAGAUACUCAGGAAAAUGCUGGAGCAGGAAGAAGCUGAACUGCAGGGCUUGAUGGAGGAGCACUUGAGGAACCCGUCAGCGUCACUGGUGGAGCGGAUUGAGAGCGCCAAGAGGAGAGCUCACCAAGUCAGGGUCAAGAUUCAGCAGGAUGUGGAGGGAACACGAUCUGAAUCUAUCGCGAGUUACGUCAUAGCAGGAGAAGGUCGACAAUCAGUGGACGUGAGUGAAGGAGACGUGGAGGCCUUUGAGAGUCCCCACUCCUCCCCCUCAUCCUCCUUCAGGACCCCCCUCCACCGACGACAAAGCUCGGACACUCACACCCUCUCUGACUCGGUGAGACGGACACGCACUUGCAUUCACUUCAACUUUAGAGUUAUUCGGUCACUUGUUUCCUCUUCAGGACAACAUUGA